AUGAAUUGCUCGCCUCCCGAGAUGGUUUGCGAGACCAAGAUCGUGGCCGAGGAGCGGCAUUCGCUGGGGGCCGCCGCCAAGGACGGACGCCUGCUCGCCCCCGCAGCCGCCGCCGCCGCCGCCGCGCAGAUGUGGCCGCCCGGGGCCGCCGCCGCCGCCGCCUCGCCGCCCGGGGCCGUGUCGGGGGAGCGUCCGUCGGGGGCGGCGGGGCUCUCCAUCCGGCUCUUCCACCCGGCCGAGGGCGAGGCGGUGCGGCGCAUCUUCUACGAGGGCAUCCUGGAGCGCAUCCCCAACACCGCCUUCCGCGGCCUCAAGGACCAGCCGCUCGCCCAGCUCUUCUACGCCGCCCUGGCCGUCAUCUGCUUUGUGGUGACCAAGUCCUGGCUGGCCACCUGCUGCCUGCCCGUCUUCCUGAUGGGCACGAGGUACUACUUCAGUCGGAAGGUCAUCCUCCGCUACCUGGAGUGCGCCCUGGACACAGACAUGUCCGACAUCGAGCAAUAUUACAUGAAGUCCCCAGGUUCCUGCUUCUGGGUGGCCGUGUUAAAUGGCAACGUGGUGGGCAUCGUGGCAGCCCGAGGCAACGAGGAGGACAACACGCUGGAAUUGCGCCGCAUGUCCGUGGACUCUAAAUACCGUGGUAAAGGGAUCGCAAAAGCCCUGGGUCGGAAGGUGCUGGAGUUUGCCGUGGUCAAUAACUACUCCUCUGUGGUGCUGGGGACCACGGCGGUGAAGGUGGCAGCCCACAAGUUGUAUGAGUCCUUGGGCUUCAAGCAUGUCGGGGUGGUCGAACACUAUUCUCUGCCUGGAAUGACACAUUCUAUUCUAGAGCAAAUGUUCUUCCAGCUUCGCUACCACCGCUAUUGCCUGCAGCUGCGUGAAGAAUGAGGGAGCCUCAUCUUCAUGGCGUCCCUCCCCAGAACCUCCUGGCCAAUGUCUUGUGGGGGUUUGUGUCAUGGUUUCUUUGCCACCUCUUCAUUUCAUGUUCUUCAUUGGCUUCGUACCAGUCUCUGUACGAGUGAAGGGCCCGUCUUCUUUUCUGAAGUGCUUGUAGGGCGAUGGCGGCGCUAACGCUGGAGGGAUGAUGGACCUGCCCUUGGCCUGGCCUGGGUGAAGGUCAGGAUGGACACGCUCCCUCACGCUCCCAGUCUUACCCCGGUUAACCUACAUAAGCACAGAAAAUGUCAAUGCAUAACAAGGCUGCUUGUCUGACGUGUGUUAUAAAUAAUAAUAAUAAGAAUAAUAAUCUCCUCUCCCCCCUCCCCCAAGUAUUAAAAAAAACGAUACAGCUCAGCGCAAAAGUUUUAUGUGAAUGCAUUUCUCAGUAUUUUAUGAAGUAGUAUGCAUUCAUGUUGUCAUGAUAUAAUACCGGUUAAUCAUGCUGAAAGAAAAUGUGAAAAUCCUGCUUGCUAUAAUGCAUGAAGAGGAAGUAUUUGCAUGCAUUCAAACACACUAUCAAGUAGGCGCUAAUAAUAAUAAUA